AUGCUGAAGAAGGCAGGCCAAGUGAAAGAUUGGGCUUGGGGUGGUGGAUGUAAAGAAAGUGUGUCAGUCCUGAUCUUUAAUACUUCUCGGCAGUGCUUUGUUGUGGUGAAGCAGUUCCGCCCAGCUGUUUACAUGUGUGAAGUAGAAAGGCAUCAUCCUCAAGUCUUUCAGCAUCAGGACAAGGAGAGCUUCUCUCGUCUAGAGGAUCCCUUACCUGCUGUGGAAGGAGUGACCUAUGAACUCUGCGCUGGCAUUGUAGACAAGCCAGACCUUUCUUUAGAAGAAAUUGCAUGUGGGGAAGUCUUAGAAGAGUGUGGCUAUCGUGUUCCCGUUACAGACCUGAGGAGGAUCACUUCUUACAGGUCUGGAGUUGGUGUGACAGGUUCUAGGCAGACGUUAUUUUAUGCAGAAGUAACAGACCAGAUGAGAACUGGUGAAGGAGGUGGCCAGCCUGAAGAAGGAGAGCUGAUUGAAGUUGUAGAAGUACCUUUACAAGACGCCAUGAAGUUUGCUUAUGAUGAGACUCUCCCGAAGACGAUGGGUGUCAUCUUCAGCUUCAUGUGGUUCCAGAACAACAUAGCACCCAAGCUACCAAAAAAAUAA